AUGAGAAGACGCAGCAAAAAGAUCAAAACCGAGAACAACAGCAAUCCAGAAACGUCGGAAGAGAGAAACAAGUUUGAUGAAAUCCCUCAUGACCUAGUGAUCGAGAUACUUGAAAGAUUGCCUUUGAAAUCUGUAGCCAGGUUUCUCACAGUAUCCAAGUUAUGGGCAACAACUAUACGCAGUCCAGAUUUCAGAAAAUCUUACCGGGGUGGAUCUUCGUCGGAGCCUCGUACCCUAAUCGUUUCCGACCUAAAUUUUAAGGAACCAAACCCAAAGUUGCAUUUCUUCAGGCCGUCUAUAUCAUCACCGUCUUUUCUAUCAAGUCUGACAUGUCCGUUCACAUAUCCUCGGCACGAAGAGUACUAUUAUCAUCAUGUUAAUGGAUUGAUAAGCGUUGGAUAUGGUACAGACCAAAUCGUAAUUAACCCCACGACUGGAAAAUUCAUAACUUUACCAAGACCCAAAACAAGGAGAAAGCUCGUAAUAAGUUUUUUCGGGUAUGAUUCAGUGAGUGAUCAAUACAAAGUGUUGUGCAUGACGGAAAGACUGCGUGGCCAUCCAGAAGAAGCAUCAUCUCAACAUCAAGUGUACACAUUGGGAGCUAAACAGAAAUCAUGGAAAAUGAUUAAUUGUAGCAUCCCUCACCGUCCUUGGUCGUGGAACGCCGUGUGCAUAAAUGGUGUUGUGUAUUACAUUGCUAAAACGGGGGAGGGUAUGUUUCGUCGGUGCUUAAUGAGAUUUGAUUUGAAGUCUGACAAUUUGGAUCUUUGCACUAUUUUACCUGAAGAGAUUCAAACAAGUCUACAUGAUUACUUUUUGAUCAACUACAAGGGGAAAGUAGCCAUACCCAAUCAACCUAAUUUCUAUACAUAUGAUGUGUGGGUUAUGAAUCAGGAAGGUGGAAAAAUUGAAUGGUUGAAGAAUAUAACUUUCACUAUUAAACCUCGGAAGGGUUUUGUUCGUUAUCUAUUCGUCACAGGCACUACUCAUACGGGUGAGUUUAUUUUGGCACCAACGUCCUAUACCGAUGAGUUUUAUGUCUUCCAUUACAAUCCCGACAUGAAUAGUUUUAGAAAGAUAAGGGUUCAAGCACCCGGAGUUAAGUUUAGUUUUGCUCAGAAAGCUUCAGUUGUUUUUUCGGAUCACAGUUUAUUGCGUUUGGAUAAUUUACACAUUAGAGGCUCUACUCAUACGGCUACGGGAGAGUUUAUUUUGGCACCACGGUUCUAUUCUGAUGAUCUUAAUGUUAUCCAUUUCAAUCCCGACACGAAUAGUUUUAGAAGCACUAAGGUUGAAGUAUACGAAGACUAUGAGUGA